AUGUUAGGACAUCGCCCUGGCAACAGACAUAAACAUGUGUAGUUGGUGCUUUAUGUAGUAGGUUGGCUAUUCUGUACCCGGGCAGCAGCUCAUAUUCGAGGUUCGGGCUGAUGGCUGUCGGCUAACAAUUUUGUUUCAAAUAUUCGCUUUUUAUGCUUUGUUUUCAUUAUGCCGAGGAUAAAAGCAUCCCCAAAGAAAUGUGUGAAAACGUCAAAUCCUCAGCAGUCCUCAAACACAUGGGUAUUUCUACUGAAAGGUGAAGCUUUGGAAGUUCCUGAAGGGUUUGCUGGUACUGGGACUCCUGACAUAGUGCAGUUGAGGCAUCCACAGUCAGGAACACCAGCUAUGUUCUUAUUCAGUCCAGGAGAUGGGAUGGUUCAAGAAGUUUUGACAUUUUCAGAAAACAGAAGAUCUUGGUUCAUCGAAGAAUCAGUCAAAUCAGAUGGAAAGCUGCACCUGUCAACGCCAAUUGAUCCCAUCUUUCUUGCUCUUCCUUAUCUGAGAAAGGUGUGUACAAAAUAGAACAUACUUCAACUACAGUUUUUAAUUUAUUUAAUUUUGAUAUCUGAAAUACAAUAUGUCAAUUUUACAAAUAUAAAUGGUCAUGAAAUACACUGUUUAAUCAUGA